UGAAUAUGAAGGCUGCAACAUCUAAGUCGUUUGUUGUAAUUAAACCUAUCAAAAAAAUGAGGCCCCGAUACCAAGGGCACGACUGAGACCAAUGAUUACAAGAACAUGACGCGCAAUGUACUGUGCAAUGCCAAUGUUUGGAGACUGGAUCUUGUUGGAUCUGACGUCUCCAAAGGCUGUGGCGCACCCCGACGGAUGCUUAUGAUAGGAUCGUCAAGAGCUUGUGGCUCUUCUUCAACGUCGUGGAGGAACGUUCGCGACAACACUUCUGCUCGAUGCAUGAGGGUGGAUCAUGCAGCCCGCCGUUUUGCAUGGGCACAUCAACCCGCGAUACUACAUCGAUGCAAGAACGAUCCAAGAAUCAACCCAUGCAGUCGAUUUCGGGCUUUCAGCACUACAGUAUGCUCGCCCGCCUCAACGGAAGCUGUGUCUGCGUCGACACAACCAACGCCAAACCGAUCGUCCCGACCGGUCUACGCCGUAGUCUUAUCCUCGAUCGUCCUCUGUGGUGCACUGAUAGACAAAGGUCGGCGGCGGUCUUUGCUGUUUUGGAGUACGGCUUUUCCAGUGUACCUGCACUACCGAACGCUCGAUUUGUUGUACGUAUGGCUGUAGAAGAUGCAGUAGUUGUAAAGGAGAUGCUUAUUUCAACUGACACUGUUCCACCAUGAAAAUAAUAGUAAGUACACAGAAGUUGAUUGUGGUAGUGAACAAAAUGGAUUGCGCAGUGGUAGGUUUGACCCGCCAGCGCCACCUUCAUUCAUUGCAAAACUAUGCAGAUGGUGGCGCGCGCUCUUCUUCCGGUGACCAAAAAAGUGUAGCGAGUGGGAGGAUGAAUAUGAUUGAAGACGACUCUUCCAAAGCUAGCUUGGAUCUCCAGCUCCGUUCUUUGCUCAAAUCCAACAUCCUGUAUCCUCUUUUCGGCGAACGACAGGAGAUUUUUCAGAGACUGCACAAUUUCUACUCGCCUACUGUGCGAGACCUGUGCAUGCGCUUGCGUGGGUUGUAUCUGAAAAACGCGCAGUUCUUAUCCCUACGCGAAGACGUGGUGCCAGAACCUUAUCUGAGUUGGUGUCGGAGACUGCAACACGAGGCCCCGACGACACUCGACAAGGAGGAAGCUCGAGCAAUAGUGGAACGGGAGGUAGGGUUAGGCUAUUUCACUUCAUUGGACUUGGAUAAGCCCAUUGGAAGCGCCGCGAUCGGCAUGGUGUAUCGUGGGACGAUAAUUAUGAACUGGAGUUUCUCUUUCACUUUCUGAUGAAGGGUGGAUUGGGACAGCAAUAGGAUUAGGAUGUUCUUGUUUUACUACAUCUUCAUUUUGUACAAGUCUCGAGAAAAUGUACUACAUCUUCAUUUUAGUAUUCUGUUUCUUCUUCUUGUGCGUCAAUAGUUGAUUCAGAUUCAAUUCCUCUCAGCGACGAGUACGAAGUAAGCGAAGAUGUUCAAAAGUGAUUUUCAUUUUUGGAAACCCUUAACAUCCCCCGCCAACACACCGAUGCCAAUGGCGCAGGAGAAGGAGCUCCUGUUGUCCUCCCCGUAGCAGUGAAAGUGCAGGUUCCGGGAACAGAGGAGCAAUUUCGAUGUGACAUGGCCACCAUGCGUUCGUUUUGUCACGUGGCUUAUCCAUCCUUCGUUCCCCAACUAGCGGAACUGGAAGCUAUGUUUUUGACUGAGUUCGACUAUCGCAGAGAAGCCAGAAACAUCAAGCAGGUGAGGGAUAACUGGUUGAGGAGGGGUGAUGGUGGUGCUGGUGGUGCUGGUGGAUCCUCUGAGGAAAGGGAAACAACUACGACAAGCGUUGGAUUCAUGAAACGGUGGCUCUGGAAUGCUCUCGUAGUGGCUCCUGUGAAGGCGUUGAAAACGAUAGUCGUUCUCAGCAGAGCGGCUUUGACAAGUAGGAUACGGAACACGAGCGAAGACGACGAACUUCUAGUCCGUGACCUUCAAAAACUUUUUACUAUCGAUGCUCUUGGACGCGCUGGAGCUGGACGCGUUGGAGAAGUAGCUAAUGAUCUACCUGAUAACGAUAUGGCAGCCUUAACGCGUUACUUUAGCAACAGCAACACGUUAUGGAAGAGAAUUUUAAUAGAGCAGUUGUACUAGAAUCCUGAAUCCAAGAACCAGCAUGCAUCUAUAACGCGUUGCUAAAGUAUCGCGUUAAACCUGUCAUAAACGACAAGCGCACAAGAUCGUCAACAAAGCCAGCAUUGUCAAAGCAGGACUUUCGGUCACUGAUCACGAUUCCUGACGUGCAUCAUGCGAGUCAGAAUGUUCUCGUGAUGGACCUAGUGGCUGGAAAAAACUUUGUUUCGGGGUUAGAGGAACUGACGGAGACGAUUGUUAAGGCUCCUGGUGACUAGUAUCUAUAGUCACAAAUAAUAACAGUUGUUCUUGUAUAUCCAUCCGAUUUAGUCGCGGCUUUAAUUUUUGGGUUUAGGGCAAGAAUGGCUUUAGCAUUAGCUACAUCGAAAAUUAUGAACAACCUCUAACCUUCCCAAACAGCAAGGCAAAACGACAGAGCAAAUGCGCGCAGAGCUGAAGACGAGGUUGAAGAAAGACGGCUAUGAAACCUUGGAGGAAGCGAAAGUGCGAUUCUGGCUAGCACAGAAAAAGUUCGGAAAGGCUACAACUAGCAAAAGCGGUCAGGAGGAGAUGUUGAUCAAUCCAGCGGUGGUCGUAGAGCUGUUGCUGCACUUCUUUUGUCACCAAGUGCUGAUAGACGGCGCACUACAAGCGGAUCCGCAUCCAGGGAACUAUAUGGUCAUUAUGACAAGAAAGCUAUUACUUUACAUUUAGUACCUUAAAUCAAAAAUUAUACUUUGCUUCUAUUAUAACAGAACAAAGGAGUGAUGUACUUUUUACCAAUUGGAUUAUCUACGAUCGCAAAAUUGCGUAUCUAAAAGAAAAUAUGCUGUUCACGACCGUUGCCAUGCAGGGAACUAGUUCUCUAACUCAUGCACACCAAACAGCAGCACCACACCUACAACCGCAUCCGCAAGUGAAACCAGCAGCACCGGGAGUCCAAGACUUGGCUGCAUCGAUUUUGGUCAACUCAAGGUUGUGCCUCUGGAAAAACGGCUUGCCUUUGCAAGGCUUAUCCUAGCACUGGCUGAAGAUACGGAGGAGGGUGACGCCGAGGCGAAUUUAUGUCCAACAUUUAGUGUCCAUCAUUCUCCUCGGCGUCUUGGUCCCCUUUUGCCUUGUUGUAUUCUCAUGAAAUACAACAAGGGGAACGGGGUCGAGAUGAGGGGACCAGGAUGCAAUCUAGAAGUUCUAGCAGACUCGUCUAACGAAUAGGAUAGCAGUCUCCGAACUUGGCGCACGGAGCGAAAAAAUGUCAGAUCCUCUUCGUUUAGAGGUGUUGAGGUUUUGGAUAAGCGAGGACCAUCCAGACUUGUUGUCUGGGAAGGAGAAUCUAGACUCCCUGGUUCGCAGAUGGCACAACGAAGAUCCUAGAGGGACGAUAGAUAACGACAUCAUCACAGUGAACCGCGCAGCGUUUAUGAUCCGGUCACUGUGCCUUGAGUUGGGGUUUCGCGUGAAAUUAUUGGAAUUUUGGGUCCCAUACGCGAAGCAGUUGCUGAGAAGUCAGAGAGGACGAGAGCACGUUAGCAACACGGUGAAAGAGAGAUCAUCAUAAGCAGGGGUGCGACUCACUACAGUGAGUAGUGAAAUUUAUUGUACAAGUAGUCGUAGAUGUAGGUGUAGAAGGACGAGAGGGAGAGUCUCCAGUUGUUGUAUUAAGUCAAGUAGUGUAUUAGUAAGUUAAAGUUCCAGGUGUUGUACAACCUGCACUCGGAUGAAGACAAACGAGCAGUGGUCCUCACAACUUUUACAUGAGGAAUGACAAUGAUGCGAAAUCCGAUUGACAGUAUCGCGUAUUCUAGUCGAAGUCAUCUUCUUGUUGAAGUUCAUCAGUUACUUUUUUCGGAACAUCAAUCAGAGGCAU